AUGUUUCAGGUCACCGAAGGGAGCGAAGCCACAGAGACGGUCAGUAGCGCUUCCUCCGCAACGACGGCAGCCUCGACGCUAUCGGACGACGGGCUGUCCCAAACGACAACACCCAUGUCGACACGGAGGGCCACCCUGGAGGUGAGCCUCGGAGACACGGACCCGCCUGGGCUGCUGCUUCCGUUCCCGCUGCCGCCACCUAACCGAACAGAACCGUGGUUCAAGAACCAAGCAGACAGCCGGCUGGUGCAUCAGGGCGUGUGCGACUACUGCUUGUUCGACGGAGAGGGCAACUUCACCAGCUACGGCUACCCGCUCGACUACCCUCCACUGCUUGAGUGCACUUACCGCGUCAAGCGGGUGGGCGGGGCCUGCUCGCUCCAGGUGCACUUCCACGACUUCGACCUGGAAGAGUCGCCCGGAUGUCGCAACGACUACCUGGCCGUCGCCGACAAGAAAUUCUGCGGACGGCGGCGCUACCGUGGCCACACAGAAAUUGUGGACUUCCCUAAGGACAAAGACGAGGUGACGUUCUAUCUGCACACCAAUCCUCUUGUCUCUGGCAAGGGUUUCUGGAUUGAGGUUACCCGGCGUCCCGGUUUCUGUGACACACGCAAGAAUGUGGUGGGUCCAUGCGAGGAGCGCCACUCGCAGGAGGAGUUUCAGCUGUGGAGCCCGGGCUUCCCGGAGUCGUACGCGACCAACCAGAAGUGCUGGUACUACAUCCGCCGGGCCACGGACGCCGUGUGCGGCCUCGAGCUCACUUUCCUGAACUUCGAGCUGGAGCAGAGCGACAGCUGCAUCUACGACUACCUCGACGUGGACGGACAGAAGCUGUGCGGAUCCAUAACGCCGGGCGCCGUCCGCGUGUUCAUGUUCAACCGUGACCAACUCCUGAUGCACUUCAGUAGCGACAGCCAGAACAACAAACGUGGCUUCCACAUCAAGGCCCGCCAGAUUACGACAUGCUACCCGGGAAGCGUGCUUCCACCGCCUCCGCUGUGCGACAUGUGCACGGACCGGCUGAGCGAUGACAUCACGAGCUACGGAUUCCCGACCGCCUACCGAGGCAACAUGCUGUGCCGCGUGACCAUCAGCCGGCCCUCGGACGCCUUCUGCGCGGUCGAGAUGCACUUCCGCGAGUUCGACGUCGAGAAGUCGUCGCGCUGCGACCGGGACUUCUUGCAGAUUGACAGGGACCGUUACUGCGGCACCAUGCUCAAGGGACAGCGCAAGCGCAUGGUGUAUGACACGGAGGGCAACGCCGUGAUGGUGUUCAAGACGGACGAGUCCGUGUCCGGCAAGGGCUUCCACGUGCGCUUCCACCAGGUCCCCUGCGGCGCGGCGCACCGGGACCCCGUCGCCACAGCGGCCACAACCACGACGGCGGCCAGCGGCAUCCUGCCGCCGGGUCCCCCCAAGGACGUGCUUCGCUGCGACCAGCGCUUCGACAGGCAGCGUGAGUUCUACGUGCAGAGUCCCAACUACCCGUCGCACUACCUGGACAACCAAGACUGCCGGUACGUGAUCACCAAGGCCGGAGAGGACGUAUGCCACCUGGAGCUCGUGUUCGCCUCCUUCGACAUCGAGUCAUCGCCGGGAUGCCAGUACGACUACCUCGAGUUCGGCGGACAACGACACUGCGGUUCGCUGCCUGCAGACCAUUCCUACGUGAUCCCGUUCCUGGGAAGUGACAUGGUGCUGCACUUCCACUCGAACGUAGCCACCACGCGACGUGGUUUCUCAGUGCGUGCCCGUCAGAUCAAGUGUGCGUUGGGCACAUCGCCGGCGCCCCCGCCUCCAUCGCAGCUACCGGGGCCGCCCGGGUCCUCGCACCCGGACUAUGGCGCUGGGGACGGCAAGUCGCAGGGUGUCAUCGUGACCACCACGACGCCUGUGCGCAUCACGACGCCGUAUGCACCCGGUCCCGUCAGCAGCACAACCGGGGAGCCGUACAUCACGCGUCGCUCGUGCGACGUCUACAUGGACAAGAUGGAGUUCGAGCUGGAAAGUGCCAACUACCCCGGCGACUACGAGGACGGCACGGAUUGCGUGUACACGGUUCGACGCGCUCACGGCAACAUAUGCCAGAUGGAGAUCACCUUCCUGGACUUCCAGCUGCAGCCUUCGGAUUCAUGCCAGGGUGACUACUUGGCCAUCGACGGCACGCGCGUCUGCGGAACCGUAGUGCCCGGGGCCGUCCGCUUGAUGGACUUCCUGGAGCCGCAGAAGGUUAUGCGCUUCCACACGGACGACUCGCAGAGCGACCGUGGUUUUCACAUCGCCGUCCGGCAGGACGAGUGCGACGAGCCAGCCUCAACACCCGGAGGAGGUGGAGUUCCCGCGGGCGAUGAAGAGAGAGAAUGCGACGAGACCAUCCACAAGCCCGAAGCCAUGCUGCUCAGUGCCAACUACCCGGCGAACUACGGCAACAACCUCGACUGCAGGUACACGGUGCGCAAGAUGAGCUCCUCAGUGUGCCGCCUUGAGAUGAACUUCGAGCGCUUCGACGUGGAGUCCAGCACCGACUGCGAGUACGACUACCUGGACGUCGACGGACAGCGCCUAUGCGGGAUCUUCUCCCGCAACACAUCCGGCAUGUACGACUUCGAGGAGAACGAGAAGCAGCUGCACUUCCACUCGGACGCAGCCAACUCCCGACCAGGUUUCCGCAUUCGGCUGCGACAGGUCGAGUGUGUGGACGAAGACGAGGCGGAGUCGCCGCGGCCGCCACCCUUCAGGCCCCUGCAGGGGGGCUUCACUACCUCGACCCUGGGUGUCGGAGGUGAUAGCGUCCACCGCGAGCACCACAAGUGCGACAAGAUCCUCACGAACCGACUGUUCGACGUGCGCAGCCCAAACUACCCGGGAGGAUACCCGCCCAAUCUGGACUGCAAGUACAUCGUCUUUCAGGCUUCGCGUGACAUCUGCAGCGUGGAGUUCACUUUCAUCGACUUCGACGUAGACAAGGACAACGAGUGUUUCUCGGACUUCCUCGAGAUCGACGGGGAGCGCGUGUGCGGUGUCCUGCCCCCAGGAUCCAAGAGGUUGGUGCACUUCAGCAGCUCACAGAUGGUGUUCCGCUUCCGGUCUGACCAGGGAGGAAGCCGGCCUGGCUUCCACAUUAAAGCUCGCCAGGUUGAGUGCGGCUCGCGACUGCCACCGGUUACGGGACUCGAGAAAGCUCCGGCCCUGGGAGUGCCGUGCAUGUACGAGUUCUGUGACCAGAGUGGCGUAUUCUACAGCCAGGGAUUUCCGGGUCCUUACCCCAACCAGAUGUCCUGCACUUAUCGCGUCAUUGCCGCGGCUCCCGACAGAUGCAGGGUGGAGCUGUCGUUCAUCCAGUUCAACUUGCACUCGAACAACAGCCCAGACGGCCAGUGUGGCGCCGACUUCAUGGAGAUCAACGGCGUCCGCUACUGCAACCGUCAGCUGGAGGGACAGAUACGCAUCUUGGACUUCAAGGGUCCCCGCCGUAGCGUGACAAUGCAUUUCAUAUCCAAUGACCACGAUGCCGGGAAAGGAUUCCUCGGCUUCUACAAGCAACUCGGCUGCCCCACGGGAGAAGGAGGCGACGGCCGACCCCCGACGUCCCUGGGAGGAGGACCACCCGAGUUGUACCAUCCGAAACCGUAUCCGCAUCCGUCGGAUUCUUUGGGCGUCGCCACCAAACGACAGCAGCAUGAUCACCCGCAGCCCAGCUGCAACCGGCUGUACGCGCUCGAGGAGUUCGAGCUGGAGAGCCCCGGCUACCCGGGCCCUUACCGGCCGGGACUCGACUGCCGGUACUUCAUCCGGCGACACAGCGACGCCGUGUGCGCGCUGCUAGUCACAUUCGACGCCUUCGACCUGGAGUACAGCGCCGGCUGCCACCACGACUACCUGGAGCUGGCCGGCCACAAGAUAUGCGGACAGGUGCCCGCCGGAAAGACCACCCACCGGUGGACUUAA